AUAUGGGAUACUGCCGGCCAAGAACGAUAUCGAAGUAUAACUAGCGCACAUUAUAGGAGAAGCGCAGGGGCUAUAUUAGUAUAUGAUAUAACUAAGAAGAAAACAUUUUUAAGUAUAUCGAAAUGGUUAGAAGAAAUAAGACAAAAUGCAGAUAAGGAUAUUGUCAUUAUGCUUGUUGGAAAUAAAGUAGAUUUAACUGAAGAAGACGAAACUAAAAGGAAGGUGACAUAUGAACAAGGCGCAAACUUCGCAAGAGAAAAUAAUUUAUUCUUUGCAGAAGCCUCAGCUGUAUCUAAAUUAAAUGUAAAACAUAUAUUUGAAAAUUUAUUACAAGAAAUAUAUAAUAACAGAUUAAAAAAUAAUAAUCGAAGCUUUAGUAAUAGAAGUGUAGCUACGUGCGAAAGCGCAAUACAACUCACAAAAGCCCGAAGUGUCAUAAAAUUAAAUGAGGUAUAUGAUAAUCAGAGUGAAGAUAAUAAUAUGAAUAAAGUAAAAUGUUGUUAG